GCGGGCCGGGGUUGAGUGGCAAGUUGUUUGUUACAGUGCAGCCCCAGCUGCUCGGCGCCGGGCUCCGGCUCCUGCCCGCUCCGCGCCGGCCUCCCCCACCCCCGCCUCCAACUUCGGCACCCUCCCGCGCCCCCACCCCGCCCCCGCGGCCGGGACGAGGAGGAGGAGGAGGAGGAGGAGGAGGAGGAGGAGGAGGAGGGGACGACGGGGAAAAGGCACCGACCGUAGCAGCCCCCCUCCCCCUCCCCAUUCAAAAACACAAAAUAACCCCCGGGGAUAGAUGAACUACAAAUGAGAAAGAGGAAAAGAUGGAGCUGCACAUCCUAGAGCACCGGCUGCGGGUGGCCAGCAUAGCCAAGGAGAGCAUCCAGCUCUUCACCUACGGCCUCAUCAAACUUGCCUUCCUCUCCUCCAAGACGAGGUGCAAGUUCUUCAGCCUCACAGAAACCCCGGAGGACUACACGAUCAUCGUGGAUGAAGAGGGCUUCCUGGAGCUCCCUUCCUCAGAACACUUGAGCGUGGCAGAUGCUACAUGGCUUGCCCUCAACGUGGUGUCCGGUGGAGGUGGCUUCUCCAGCUCCCAGCCCAUUGGUGUGACCAAAAUUGCCAAGUCAGUAAUAGCACCACUAGCUGACCAAAACAUCUCAGUGUUUAUGCUCUCCACCUAUCAGACGGACUUCAUCCUGGUACGUGAGCGAGACCUGCCCUUCGUGAUGCAUACACUGGCUGCUGAGUUCACCAUCCUCAGAGUAGUGAACGGGGAGACGGUGGCUGCGGAUGACCUUGGGAUAACGAACGGAUUUGUCAAACCAAAACUGGUUCAGAGGCCUGUCAUUCAUCCCCUUUCCAGCCCAAGUAAUAUGUUCUGCGUCACCAGCCUGGAUCCAGAUACCCUUCCCACUGUUGCUACACUCCUAAUGGAUGUCAUGUUUUACUCCAAUGGAGUAAAAGACUCGGUGGUGGGCAACGAAGACUCGGGACAUAUUCGCUUUUUCUCUUUUUCUCUCAUUGAGGGUUACAUCUCCUUGGUCAUGGACGUCCAGACACAGCAGAGAUUUCCUAAUAAUUUGUUGUUUACAAGUGCAUCUGGCGAACUCUGGAAGAUGGUGCGGAUUGGUGGGCAGCCACUUGGCUUCGAUGAAUGUGGAAUUGUCGCUCAGAUUUCUGAGCCUUUGGCCGCGGCCGACAUCCCAGCCUAUUACAUCAGUACUUUUAAGUUUGAUCACGCGUUGGUACCUGAAGAAAAUAUAAACGGUGUGGUCAAUGCACUCCAAGUCAGUCAAGCUGAAAAGCAUUAGAAAUCUUCUGAGCUGGUUCCAGAUGCUUUUUAUUAUUAUAAUUAUUAUUAUUAUUAUUCUUUUUUUCUCACAGUAUUUCUUGAAAAAUCUGAUUCCAGAGAGUGACAUGAAAAGAGACUGUGGAAAGAUGAGCGGAAACAGCUCCAAUAAGCCUUUGUUUUAAUUAUUAUUAUUAUUAUUAUUAUUGUUAUUUUAUUAAAUUUCCUUAUGAAUGAGGGGCAGGAGGCAAGGGCGUUCAGAUGGUUUCCUGAUGUUACGACUCCGACGCGCGAUGUCACCUGCCUACUCUGUCGGUGCGAAAGGAGCCGCGCAGGACGUCCGGCGCUCCCGGAAGCGGGGCGGCACGGCCGGGCUGCGAGCGCGGGCGCUCCGGCGAGAGCUCGCGGCGUGGCCGGCGUGCACGGGCCCGGUCCUCCGAGAGAGCCCCAAAACCAUCCCCCGAGCAAAAGGUGGAAUUAAACAGAAGAGACGUGGCGUGGCGCUGGCUUGUCCGCUCCCAGGGGACUUUCCGAAGACCGUCCUUCGUCGCGCACGUUCGAAUAGCGUGGGAGCUGGGUUCGGAUUCCCUGGCAAACCUGUUUGUCAUUGGAAUAGAGAAAUAUCCUUUUGUUUGAAUUUUCCCUCUUUUCGCCUUUCUCCCGGCAGCCCAAGCGGGGCUGCCCGGAGAAAGCCCAGCUGACGCUUCGCUCUGCGCUGUCUCCUGGCGGGUGGUGCCCCGGGGACUCCUGUUCGCUUUGAAAUGUGACUGGUUUAGCUCAGUUUUCCGCAGCCGCCCUCCCACUGCCCCCAGGCCCUCCCGUGCCGUCCCCUGGUCGGAGGGAGCCCGGCUGCCCCGGGUGUCCGGUUCCCCCCGUGCACCCCGGCAGCUCGCAGCGGGGCCGUCCUCGGCCCUCGUUGAGCCGGGUCGGUGAAGGAGGGGUGCAGCCCGUCUCCAUCCUCCUCAGGGCUCUUCCCAUCCUGUUUUUAUUGCUUUUGCAGGGUCCUUGCUGCCGUCCUGCCCCACACCGCGGUCGCCGCAGGCAGCAGCGGCACAGCCCGGGGUCCCAUCGGCUCCUCGCUCGCGCGACGGCAGUGGCCGGAGGGAACGAGGCGUCGGAGCCUGCCGCAGCGUCCGCCCCCGUAGUGCCCUGCAGCCCCUCUCCGCGGCCCGGGAGCGCGGAGGAGAUCCAGGCAGGGAGAGCAGGCCUUGCCCAAAGCGGGUGCGCCGGCGGGCUGCGCCGGCGGGUAGGAGCUUGCGGGAGCGGGGAGCUGUGAAAAGGAGAAGCCGUAUUCAGAGGAGCUUCUUUUGCAGCUAAGCAUUGAGGAUUUCUUGCAUUUUGAGACUUCUUUCCUCCCCUUUUUUGUCAUGAAGAAAUUCCAGGUCUUACAGUUUUGGUAAGGACUAUCCAGCCUCAGUUAAGAGACAACUUCUAACAUGGUUUUCUUGAGCCUGCACAUUGCAGGUUUUAGCCAGGGUUUUGCAUUAAUCCGGAGGCAGUGAGCAAGCGUCCAAGAUCAGUUGUGACGUCCCCAUGGUUUAUACUGGUGCGUGGGACACGCAAACGCAUCUGCCAGCCCGCGGCUCGCUGUUUAGCUCUGCUUUGACGCUGAUGGUGGCUGAGCAGGAAGGGCUUCACAGUCCUGGUUUCUGGUGCUGCUGGACCCAGACACUGAGCUUCAAAUCCUUCUGGUUUUAAUCAGUGGGGAUGUCGUGUGGCAGCUGGACAGGGCAUCACAGCAUCCAUAGGCAAAAGCUGGGUAGGUUCCCUCCAUAGGCCCUAACGGCGGUCAAGCAUCGCUGCUGAGGAGCACAUAGGCGCACGCCGAUGGACCUCCCUGCACAGCGUUUCUGCCGUUCCUUGCCACGGGUUGUCAGCUUCCUCGGCACAGCAGAUCGUGGGUUUGUUUUGCACUGGUUUUUUUGGCGGUGAAAGCCAGCGCACUCGUCGGCGUACAGCUGUGUUGGUGCCACCCAAGGAUUCGGAUCGGCCAGGUUGAGUCCAGCCUUGCGCUGCCUGUGCGCGUGCGGGAGCAGUCUCACCGGGACGGGGUCCGGUUUGUGCCUGUGGGUUUUAUCAACCGCUGGGGAAGGAUUAUUAGCCACUGCUUGCGUCGGAGCGAAGUUUAGUGCCCUCCCCAUGUGCUGUUGCUGCUUUCUAAGGAUCGUGACAUUUAUGGUAAGGGAUUACUUGAAACGAGCAACAACUUUACUGAGCCUUAAGAGAAAGAGAAAAACAAUAAUCUUUUAAUUUUUUUUUUUGAACUUGCACUCAGGCUAUUUUAGAUGGUGAUUCUUUAAUUUAAAUUUUCCUCUUUUUUUUUUUCUCUUCUUGAGGGAGGUCGGCCUUAAAUUUGUGAAAUCUGUGGAUGACUCUGGGGUGCUUUUAAGCUCUUCACAAAGCAGGUUGAUGUGUUGUCAUUAAAAAGUUAGCCUGAAGAAUUUGCACGGAGUGAAACAUUGUUGAGGGCCUCCCUGUCUCUGCCGUCUUCCCGGGAUUCACCUUUCGCUUUCCUCUCUCUUUUUCUCCCAAUAAUCGAGAAGGUCGUUUCAGACGACUGUGGAAAUGCAGCGCGUGGUUGGGAUCGUUGCAAACGUUGUGUCACUUGGGAAACUUUUGCUUGGUGAGAGGUAAAGGCAGGAUGGGGCCUUUAGGGGCUUUGUGAAAAAAUACAUUAAAACACCGCAGCGCUUAACCGUGAGCCCGAAGGAGCGUGCUCGGAGGUGUGCGAGGACGUGCCGGUUCGGAGGUGGAGAGAGGCGAGCUGCCGUGCUGGCUCUGCGGCUUCCCCGGGCUGGAGCUGCCCCUGCUCUCCCAGCACCUGGCUUUUGGGGUGGGGGGAAACCGAAGGACCUUUUUUUUUUUUUUAAUGCCUUACUAUAAUAACGUCUGUCUCUGAGCAUCGGUGGCAUCAUGCCCUUUCUGCAACACUGUGUAGAUAAAAGGAGGAAAAUGUCUUAAGGGGACUCUGCGCCCGCUGGGUGUUUGCACCCCUGAGAACGCGGCUUGUCCGUAACCUGCCAGCGCGGUCCCGAGCCGCGCGAGUCUCCUUCGUUGGAGAGUUUGGUCUGGCCAUGGUUGCUGAGCUCAUCAGGGAUCACCUUAACUCCACAGGCCCCUCUCUGUCCCUCUCGGCUCCUUCGCUCUCGUUGCACAAAAAUUCACCAAACACCGAAAUGCGGCUCCAUCCCUGCAAGGAGGGGUGGGCAGGGGAGGGAGAAGAGAGCUCUCAGUCUCCUUCCUUGUUUCUCCGAGGCCUUUGUUUUCCUAGAAAUUUAAACCUUUGUCAUGUUGUGUGUGUUACUAUGUAGUUUUUCGUCUUUUUUUUCUUUUCUGAUUAGAUUUCGGCUGCAAAUUCCUUUCUACUGUGCAAGUGUGUGUGUGCGUGUAUGUUCAUAUGACUGUAUAGUGUUUACAUAGAAAUACUUAGUAUGUAUCUGUUGUACACAUAUAUAAAUACCUGUGUUUUAUGUUUGUAUGGCUAUAUACUGUACAUAGCAUAUAUACUUGAGCAAUAUAGGUUAAUAUAUACUGUGUGAGUACAUGUGUGUAUACUCUAGGCACACGCUCUGUGUGUGUGUAUAUAUGUAGUAAGUGCUGUAUGCACACAUGUAUUCACCAUAUAUUUUUAAUUCAAGUAUAUAGGCAAUAUGAAUACUUAGAUACGCUGUCUGGAUUUCUCUACGCAUUUUUAACGAAGAGCAGCAGCAAGGCUGACUUGAAGCAAAGCUGUGGCUCUUGCACUCUCUGCAAGCAGGCAGAGACCCAGCACGGUGUGCAGGGUAAUGCCUCUGCAACUCCAUUUUUUUCUUGUCUGCUUCAGAAACACCCUGUUUCUCCUCAGUUUGGUGCACUGAGCACAGAGACUUUAGAAAAGUUGCUCCUUUUUCUCUGUUUUAGUUGCUGCCCUGAAUUGCUUCAGCCUGUAUGCAGCGGUGGGUCGUUUGCAAGUGCCUGUUCAAACCCCAGGGACCGACUGGUUUGCAACGGGGCUUCCCCUUCCCGCAAGCACAAAACCGGGACGCGCGUUGGCCGGCUUUCGCUGGCGUCCUUGGGCAGCGAUUGCGCAGAGCGCCCUGGCGAUGCCGGACACUCGCCUGCCCGGGGAGCACCGCGGGGAAGCACCGCACACAACCUUCCCCACGGCGACGUUGUUGGAGGCGACAGGGAGCAUCUUCAUGGGUCCGAAGGUGCCGGGUCAGGAUGGACCUCCCCAAGCACUCCGGGUGCUAGUGUGCACUUGUGUUUUCUCGUGAGUGUGUGAUUUACCGGCUGCCUUUUACCAGAGUGGGUUUUUGCUUUUUCAGAGAGGUCUUUUUUCAGUGGCUGUUGGUGGUUUCAUGGCCAGAAGACUAACCAGUGCUAACCCAGAUGUUUGGUAUUUAUUGGAAGCCUAGCAUUUGUUGGCCCGUUAGGAGGUUUAAAUCUGUGGGUUGUUUUUAAGUAGAUGAAAGUGGAGGAGGGGCUUUUUUCCGUUAAAAGUAACAGAGGCUAUUUGAACGCGGUAAUCGGAAAUGUGUGGUCUUUGCAUCUUGUUGUUGGAGUUUCCUGCUGAGCAGGAGUGCUGUUUGCUACAUUCCAGAUGGGAAAAGGUUUCUACCCAAAAUGUCACCUAGUCUGAUAUUUCAGUUAUGCUUUAUCAUAUGCAACAAGUGUGUUUGCUGGAGGCUGCUCCUUGCAGCUUAUAUUUCAACAUUAGGUUGCUAAUUUUCUGCCUGUCCCAUAAAUGCAUCCUGUAAUAGGUUUGUGCAUCUUUUUCUUUCAGAAACUGAAGUCAGUUUGGUUUGCAGUUGAUAGCAUUUCUGAAAUACUCUGCUCUAAGUGGUAUGUGAUGAUCUUUCUUGCAGAGGGAGGUUUUAAUGGAAGUGUUCUGCUUUGACUGGAGCGCAGAGAUUGCGGAACCCGCAGUGGAUGACAUUAGUACUAAGAUUUACUUAAUGGCAAAGCCAUUUAUAAAGAACAUUCGUCUUAUAAACAAUAUGCUGCUGCUUCCAAAUUUAUUUUUAACGCCAGGCUUAGCGUUACCAUUCCCACAGGCACAGGUAGAGAAUGCUUUUGGGCAGAGAUGAAUCAAUCCUUGUCUGUAACAAAAAGCAUGUUGAUGUCAGACCCUGCUUGGGAGAUUGCAAAUGGAAUUUAGCAGUAAUUUAGUCUUUUAAGAUGCGCCAUGUGGAGCUGACAUGCGGAUUUUCAGGGCUGACGCUUAAAGGAAAACAUUACUGGAAAGUCAUGAUUGCUUUGUCCAAGAAAAGUAUCCAACAGAAAUUAAUCAGGCUUAAUUUUUCUGAAGCAUUACGUUUUGUUCUACCGACUCUGGAAGGAAAAUAAGGCUGUGCAAUGUGGGGGGCUUUUAGCAGAGCAGCUCGCUCAAGCCCCAGCAGUAACCGAUAGCACGCAGUUGUUUUCCUGAUGCUUUUCAUGCAAGCGGGGUGUAAACACCUGAGAGAGAGGCCAGGCAGAAAGCGUCUCCAUUCAGAGCCUGCGUGUGCAAUGAAUCUGCUGGCCUCCUCUGCAGAGGGUGUGCGACACCCGCGUGUCCCCGCACCAGCUGGCUGUGGUGGCGGCCCCAGGUCUUCAGCUCUUUGCCUAUCCCUGUUUCCGUCUCGGCCGUUUCCCCCGCGGGAGCAGCUGCCGGUACCGGUACGAAACCAGGGCAGACUUGCGGUGUCCGAGUGCUGCAGUUGGCGUCAAGGGUUGCCACCAUCCGUCACCCGAAGGACGUUCCCCAGCACAGGGCGUGAGGUGCAGCAGCGAGGAGGUCUGCGGCCGUACAGGCGUGGAAAGGCCAGGGGAAAGGAGAGGACAGCUGGCGUACCGAAUGAUGCAAAGGAAAAAUUUCAAGUUCCUUUUUAGUUUUGCAAAAAUGAACGCAUGCGGUUUGUCACUGUGAAUAUGAAAGUAUUUUCAUUCCUCUUUUUCCUUUUUAUCAUUAAACAGCUGUCCCCUCCCUGCCCAGCCUCCCUGCUCAACCCAGCGAAACCCCUGGAAUGCAUUUGUCCGCCAGGGCCAUCCUAGCAAAGGUGACAUGAGCCCUCACAAACCCUAAGUGGUCAGAAGAUCUGAUGCUGCGAUGUCUCCGCCAGGGAAAGCCUCCAAGUAGCUCCUUGUGUCGAGGUAACAGCUGUGUCAGGGCGGUGACCUGAUGGGGUUGGUCGCAUCCUUCUGCUUUCUCUGCCCGUGCACCCACACGGGCUUUAAGAAAGCACCAGGGCAUUCGAACUUCUUACCUUAAAGAUCAAUGAGUUGAGUAAAAGGGAGGCGCAGGAGAACAUGGGUCCCCUCUCAGCGAUGGCCUGCAGCGUGCUCGUCAGUGUUUCAGCCCUGCCACGGGAGCAGUGGUAUUUUCUGAUAGUGACUGAGGAAGAAAUUGGUUGUUCAGCCCAAGCCUGAACAUCAGCUGCUAGCUCCAAAGUGAGCAUGUCUCAGCAGCAUUCGGUAGUGGACAAGAAAUCAUUUUUUGAUGAGCAUAUCUUUUUCUAUGUUAUUUUCAUUAUUUUUGUGGACCUCUCCAGUAAGCAGCUCAAGGCAUCUCGCUUACCCGGUGCAGUCCUGCCUGCAAAUGUCGGAAUGGAUUCCACUUUGGUUACCUGCUGGAGAGUACAAUCCAGUAAUCCUUUUGCCAAAUAGUAUUUACAUUUUACAGCCUGUGCUGGGGGGUGUUUACAUUGGCCGAGAUGUGCAGAUGUGCUCGGUGGACUUGGACACCUCCUGGCCCCGAGUGCAGGUGUGUCUGUCUGUCCAGGCCUCGCGGGGGCUGGCGACGUCCCUCGGGCAUCUCUGCAGCCCUGGGCCGGUACGGAUGCGUGCGCACGCCGACAGGGAUUGUAGGAGCCUCCCGGUGCACCUGGGAGGGAGGCGCUAAACUGUGAAUCCUGUGUUUUCCCUCCAGUCUCCAGCUCCCUCUUUCCAUCCCUCUGCCUCCUUCCUUACCUGAUCCCCCAGCCCGGUGCCAGCGAGCAGCAGUGCUGGCGAGCGGCGUCCGUCCUCGGCCGCAAGCCGGCCGGCUCGCUGUCGUGCUGCUCGGCCCCAGCGGCCCGGGGAGGCGGCGGGAGGCGGCGGCAGCCCCAGAGCCCGGCCAGGCUCUUGCAACACCCACUGCCAAGGCAAAGGUGUGAACGUCGGUGGGAAGCUGGUUGCGCUUCCCGUGCACCGCCGCAGGCCCCAGGGGACCGAACUCCUGCUGAGGAAGCACAAAGUUAGGUGGUAGCGUCCCAGUUGGCACAGGGGAAGAAAAGGACUGUGUUCUGCAAUACAGCACAAACUAAUGUGCACUCAAUUUUAAUCAGCGAAUGCUUCUUGCUGCAGCGGGCGGUUUAACCCGUGCAGAAGCUAUGGUGAGCUUGGAGCAAUGCACAGGCUCUGUUUUAUACAGGGGAAAUAAAUGAAGCCUGUCUCAUGCAAAGUACAUUAUUCUUUUAGGGUGUGAAUGUGCAAAGAAACAUACGUCUUUGGAAGGUGUAUAGCCACGGUGUCCCUCGCUUGGUCUCUCUAGGCAGCACCAGCCUCUGCUCCUUCUGCUUGAGGAGAUAAUUUAUAUAUCGAGGGCUAGAACUGAAACAUUCCCUUGCAGAUUACCUGCAAUAGCUUUUCCCCGCUCUGUAGUUCCUUCUCGGAGAUUACAGCUGCCCAGGGCGCAGUUGGGGCCGGGCUGCGCGGCAGCGGUAACCCUGGGCUGCUCGUCUCCGUUUGGAAACCAGCCCUCCAGCAGCAGAAGCGUCAGGGAGCAGCGGGAGAGACGUCAGCCGCGUCGGCCCUGACUCCCCUGUCCCCGGGGCGCCCGGCUGGAGGUGCAAACGCACCGUGCCGUGCUCCGCUCACCCCCGGUGCUAUCCCAGGCAGGACGAAUGUUGUUCUAGUUGCAAACCAGCUGUUUAAUUCCCUGAUCUCCGUUGUUUUUAUUUUCAUCCCUUUUUUUAGCUUUCUGCAGAAUUUUGUGCAUGAAAUGUGGGUGGGUUUUGGAUCUGGGGAGGCUGGAGUUGCCCAACAGGAAUCCAGCGGCACUUGAAGUUUUGAAAUAUCUGCGAGAGGGGAGAGGAAGCACUUUGCUUCCCUCUGUCCCCUCUAUGUUAGGUCUGUCUUCUGCAUAUACCAUAGAAGAGCUGAUCUGUAUGAUGUCCCUUUCUAGCCAGGCCCGAUGGUUUUAGCUAUGUCCCCCCAACCGUGAAAAAUGAUGCCAAAAAAGUGGCUCCUUUCAUUUUUCAUUUUUGGGGGUGGUUUAUCUUUCUCCUCCCUGGACGUGUCGCUGUGCUGACGUGGGAGAGGCAGCGUCUCUUUGCACUGCGCGUUUGGAAAGACGCUUCCGGAGGGUGGUUGUAGUUCAGGGUGCCCCCUGCUCCCCCCAGCUUUCUGGCGGUAUCUCAGGUCUUUGAGGAUUGGAAACCAGCCUUCUGCAAUUACAAUAAAAGCCUUUCUCCCAAAGGCUUCCUACCAGCUCUUUUGUAACCUGACAAAUGUAAUUUUGCAAGUACCUAGCUUCAUGCCACUGCCUUCAAAAUAGAAAUGUUGCUACCAUUUUCCAGAGCCUGGUAUGCAAGGGGCUGGCUCACUGCUGUGGCUGCUCUGAACAUCCUCAAGGCCCUGAAAGAGGAAUUCAUCUGUUCAGUCCUGUUCGCGUGCUUAAACUUAGGCUCAUCCUGGCGGGAGGCUGGUCUGGCUUGCAUUGGUGGCACGGAGGCCGGAUGCCUCCCCAGGUGUGCUUCUCUUUUUGGGCAAUUCAGGUUUCUUUAACAGGCAUUUAAUUGCUUAGAGCACAAGGGUUUCUGGAAAACUCUCCAAUUCAGGAAUUCAGGCUCCUGUCUGAAAGCUGACAUCAGCUUUUGUUUCUCCACUGCGCCGUUGCGGAGAUGGCGGCAGUCUGGGCUCAGCCGUGGGUCGUCUGUGCAGUGGUGGGGCCGGGCUGGAGGCUCUUGGGACCCGGCUCGAGUUCACCAUGCGCUGAGUGUCCGCAGACCCUGUCACGCCGAGCGGGGCUUGGAUCGGCUUGCUGCCUUCCCGGGUGCAGCCGCGUGGGCUCAAACAGGGACGGGAGGCAUCAGUAGAGUCCUUGCAUGGGCACCGGUUGGGUGUCAGCAGGGCCGAGCCUCGAACACGAAACCCCUUUUCCGAGGAGCUCGGGACGUGCAAUGUUAGUUACCUGGGUGCCUUCAUCCACGCGAGUUUCCCCUUUGCUGAAAAAGACCAGUAGCCCUCUGAGUUUCUAUCUACCACAGCUGGUGGGCGAAGCUAAGGAGCAUUAGCCACCUGUGAAGCUGACGGGAAGAGGAGAGGGAAUUGCAUUCUUAAGGAAAAAAAUAAUACAUUUUUUUCGUCCUCAUUUCUUGUAAUUAUUUUUGAAUUACUGAGAUCAGCAAAAUUGAGACCGUUGCCUGAAGAGCUGGCUCUCCUGGUACGCUCCAGGAGACGCAAGCCUUUCCGCGGACAGCUUUGCCUCCCGGCAGCACUGGCCCGUACACUGCAAGAGAGACCCUAAGAACAGCGGCGCGGCGCUUCGGGGACGCGGAGGCGUUACAGGGCCGCCCCAUCUAGCUGCUCCGUUAACCUGCAGCAAUAUGCAUAGCUAGUCUAUUUAACUAGUCUCGUUACUGAAGAAAUAACUGAAUUUUGACCGUCUCCUUUGCGGGAGCGAAUCUCAGUGUUUUCCUUUCGUUCGUGCGUGCGCGGUGCCGUUUCGCCAGGCUGGAGUCGGACCCGGCGGUCCGUCCUGAGGAGCAUCCCACGGGCAGAUGCUCGGGCUCGGAGGGUGCGUUUACAAACAGGACAGCUCUGCCCCAGAAGCUUCCAGUUUUUUUUUUUUUUUCCUUUGAACGCUAGGAACAGACGGUGUCCACCUCGAGUGGAAGAGCUCGGCCCUUAUUUUAGUUGUGGAGUAAAAUUUAAAAGCGAAACCCACCCACCCCCCUCCCCAGGCCGGGGCACGUGGUGCUGCGUGGCGACCCCAAGCCCGCUGCCACAUCCCGCUCUGCCCACCGCCAGCGGGGCUGCACCCGGGCCGCCCGUGCUUUUUUUGGUCCCCUCGGGGGAUUUUCGGUCUGGUCCGCGUUUGCACGCUCCUCCCGGAGCAAGGGAGGCAGGAGGGAACGGGGCGCUUUGACGGCGCCUCUGGAGGGGCCGGGGGCCGGCUGGUUUUCCAGCAGAUCCGAAAACCUUGCUGCUGCCGCUGCUGAAAAUAAUGACGCUGAUAUAACGGCCGUGGACAGCAGGCAGGUGCCUGCUGCCGCGAAGCCCUGUCGGCUGCCGGGUUGGAGGCAUCAGGCGCCGCCAUGUCCACCCUGGCCUCCCGCCCAUGAGGCGCCGCCCGGCCCAGCUCCCGGCAUCCGCCGCCGCCGCAGGCUCCUCCUGCCCGCUUGUUCCUCGCCUCUGGAGCAUGCGCUUUCCUCCGGGGUUUGUUAAACGCCAAAGCGGGCCGGCGCCUGGGCUGCUGACCAGCAGCGUCCCCCCCUCCCCGCCGAGGCCUCCCCAGCAGCCAGGCCUUGGCGGCCAUUUCCCGCCCUUCCGCGGCCUGGCUGCAUCGCCGCCAUCUUAGCGCUUCGACUCGCCCCCAAGCACACGAGGGGUUUCCUCUCUCUCUCUUCCUCUUGUUUUGGACUGAAGCAGCCCAAAUUUUCCCCAAACACCCCGGGACGUGGUGGCGGCUGCCCGAAUUUCUAGCCAGCUGCAGGUGGAGCGGAGGCUGCUGCGGGGCUCCCACCCUGCCGCUCGCCCCUGGCUCUGUGCAGGCCCGGGGGCGGGGGGGGGCACAGAAAACUUCAGGACCUUCUUAAAAACCCCGUGUUUAUCUGUCGUUUUCUCUCCGAGUGAAAUACCACUUAUGGCCCCGGACAGGCUGCCCGGGCGGGAUGGUGGGGGCAGAGAGCCAGGGACACCCCGGCAGCCCUUCCUCCUCGCGCCUCUGAGGCACGUCGCAGCCUCUCCCGUGGCGGGGAGAGGGACGCUAGAGCAAAAAGCACCCCCCCCCUUUAAUUACCACACUAAUUAAAACCGGGGUGGAGAGGAGGCCGCGGGUGGUCCGGUGGGCGCCUCUGCACAGGGAGGAGCAGCGGCGGCAGCCGGGAGCCGCACGCGGCGUCGCGGAGCGGGUGCUUUGCUUUCCCGGCGAGCGCGCACGCUUCUUUUCUUUGCUGGUCUUACGCUGAAAUCUGAGAUUUAUGUACUGUACGGGAAAAACAAACAAACAAAAAAAAAACAAAAGAAAAAAAAACAAAAAAAUCCUAAUGUUCCAAAACAAAUGACAGUAUAUUUUGUACUUUGUAAAGUGUUAAUUAAAAUGAAAAAGGAAAAAAAAAGUGAAACAUAA